AUGGCUGCGAAAACAGAUAUUGUUCGGAUUUCUUACAAUGAAUUAGAAAAUAUUGUACACAAGAAAACAGAGAAAUCGUUAGCACAUCAAGGAAUUCAAGAAAAGAGACCGAAACGCCCAACAAGAGGAGUGUACCAACCACCAAGUAUUUUAAGGCACAAACAACAGCUUGAACAAGCAGGAGGAGGGAAUUGGAAUGGAGAGGCAGAAGGUGAAGGAGAAUGUUGGGAGGAGGAAUUAGAUGUAGAAAGCCAUGGGUCAGCAACUAACAGCAGCAAGGAGAACAGUGUCGAAAAAGAGAUUGAUGAGGUCCUCACAAACAUUCGUAAUCUGCAAGUGCAGUCUGAAGAUGGACUGGUCAGUACUGGAGACGCCAAGAAAAGAUCCAAGUCAGGGAAAAGACCAGAGAUUCAGCGAUAUAUUCCAAAGGGAAAACUGAUAGAGCAAAGUCAAAAAGACUCUGAGUCAGAGGAGCUUGAUGAUCCCGCAAGAAUUCCAUCAAAUGUUGCCUCUCCUCUGUUUGAUGACAAUACCUCUCUGCGUAAAAUAGAUUUUGGGAAAUGUUCACCCAUGGAUGUCAAAAUCACAUUUGUGAAUCAAACUUCCUCACCUCAGGGAUCAAAGCCUGAUGAGGCCUCAAAUACACCUCAGAGAGCUGGAAGUGAGUCAAGGUUAAGUGGUGGUCAAGGAGAAUCUCAAACUGGUGGUCAAAGAUUGAGGUCAGCUGGAGUUCAAGAGGAGUGUCAUUAUCAAGAUAAGAACAGAACUGACAACCACAGUCAGAAAUUUGCAAGAGAUAAACGACAAAAUCAGAGAGGACAAUUUAUGGGGGACAGAGGAGGUAAACGUGGAGGAGGGUUUGGGAGGGGACAGAAUCGAGAGGAAGGAUAUGGCACAUGGCCAAGAGAAAAAGGAGGAGGUAGAGGAAAUGUCCAAAAGGAAAACAGUCCACCUAGUGGCGAAAAUUGGGAUGUGGAAUUACGGAUUGUGGAAAAGGAUGAUAUUGAACAGAAAGAAGACAAACAGAAUCGAAAUAAUGUCAGUACCUCUCAAGCCAAUCCUGUUACUGGAUCAGAACCGCCAAAACCACAAAGAAUUAAUCAGCGGCGUCCACGUGAUCGUCCCGUAAAACAGACAACUGUGUCAAUUAUUGAUGCUCCGGACGAAGGUGAAGAUGGCAAUGGUAACCACAUACCAACCAUGAUCUUUGAACGAAGGAACAGUAAUUCAUCAGUAACAGGCAGCGGGCAAGGUGGUAAUGGAAAUCUGAAACAAAAGCCUCCCAAAGGUCAACCUAUGACCAAGGGACCCCCUAAAAGGUACUCACUUUCAACCAUGCGUCGACAAAGGACUGGCAGUGUCAGCAGUGACGUAAGUACUGCCAGUGACUUGAGCAUUGAUGAUGAAACAACAACCAGGAUUCUGGAUUGGGAUAAGGAAGUAGAGAGAGAAAUGGCCAAACAAGUCCAGGAUGAAACAAUGAAGUUAAAGGAAUUUCUGGAAAGACAAGGGGAUUUCCCUGGGAUGGACUUUGGAAUGGGUUCUUCUGAUCAGAAACAACCAGACAGAAUGUCAGAAUCAGGUAGUGAAUAUGGUAUAUAUCGUGAGAAAACUAGUGAGAGACAAUACAGACCCUCAAGAGCCAAAGAAAAUCAAUACAACGAGAAUAAAAAUCGUAACUCAGGUUCCCGCGAUAGACAUGAUGGCAGUGAUCAGUGGUACAAUGAGUUACCCAGGAGUAGACGGAGAAAUAGACGGAGUUCCCUAAAUGGUCGACACAGUAGAGACUCUAGUGUGUCCAGUGUCCAGAGUGUUCAGAGUUACCAUGGAGAUGAAGGAGAGAAGAUGUACCACAGUCUAAGUCUGCCACGAAAAGGAAGGCGACGUAGGAGGAGUAGUAAUGCUAGUCUCAAGGAUAUUAGUUCUAGUCGUGAAGCUCUCAACAAUCCAGAAAAUCUCAACCUCAAGAUAACUUUUGCUCAAGAUCACAAUGAGAAACGCCAAGUCACAAUGCAAGGACCUAGUCAAGGUCAUCAGCAAGGUCAUGGUCAAAUUCACCAGCAAGGUCAUAGUCAAGGUCACCAACAAAGUCAUGGACAGGGUCACUAUCAAGGUAACCAACAAGGACAUGGUCAAAUUCACCAGCAAGGUCAUAGUCAAGGUCACCAACAAAGUCAUGGACAGGGUCACUAUCAGGGUAACCAACAAGGACAUCAACAAGGACAAAAAGGUCAGGGACAAGGGUCAACAUCUCGUGGAAGAGGACGGGGCAGAGCUCGGAGUGCUGAGAGGAGCAAAGAUAAGCAGGGAUCAAGGGGCCGUCCUGAGGAAUACAGAGGACCAGCAGGAAAGGACAAAGACUACGAUAAAAUAGGAGUAGGGAGAGGGCAGGACCGUAGAAGUGUAGGCAGAGGGCAGGACACAAGAGGCAGUCGAGGACAAGAUACAAGGGUUGGAAGCAGAGACAACAGAGGACAAGGACAUGACAUGAGGCAUGAUUCCAGGGGUCAGAGUCAGGACAUCAGGGGACAUGGUCAUGAUAAAAGAGGUCAAGGACAAGACAUUCAUAAUCCUAGUUUUAGGGGACAAAGUCAUGAUUCACGAGGCCAUGGGAAGGAUCAACAUUAUAGUUAUGACCGUCAUGAACGUCGACUCUCAGGGCGCGAUGAAACCAUGCAUGAGACAGGAACCUCCCCCAGAGGUGGACUGCUGAAACUUCCAUCUGGUGCACUUCAUAGUGAGACACAGAGCUAUCGUGAUGAAGGUCAAAGUCAAAGGUCUAAAGGUCCUCAAGUUCACAGUGGUACCUCUGGAAACACGUCUAGAGGUGGGGCAGGACAAAGAAGACUCUUUGACCCCAAUAAUCCAAACAAACCCAUAAUGAUUCAGGAUGGAAACAAGUCACAAAACUUACAUGAAGAUAGCAAACCUCUACAGUUUCAGGAUGUUGAUAAUCCUACCACUCCUACCUCACCUCAUGGGCCACCUUCUUUCCAUCAGGCCUACCCGCCCAUGGGUCCAGCUGCACCCUACUUUCAAAACUAUGAUCCUAGGUUUGUGGAUGGUGGCCAUGGCUUUCCUCAACGACAUUCUGGUCCUCACCCAGUACCUAUUUCUGGACACCCUGGGACACCUGGAGGCUACUAUUUCCCGUACCCUGUGCCUUAUAGGGACAUGGCGAUGUAUCCAGAGGAAAUGUACCAGAGGGAACCGUACUAUCAAGGGGGAGAGUAUGACCAGGAAUUGGCAGUAUCUGGGCGAUCUCGGACACAAUGUCGCGCCAUGGCGGAGCGAAUGAUUCAAGAGUCCCUAUCAUUAGACAGCCAGUUGAGUGAUCUUGUGUCGAGGCGGUUAUCUAGCAAGGAUUUCACCACCCUCUCUCAGAUCAGACAAGACCUACAGUGUAAGUGUGAACAGGUGAUACUCUUGGACUUGGAUGUAGCCAACAAACAUAAUGCAGAACAGCUCCUGUGGAAGUCGGUAUAUUACCAAGUAAUAGAGGUGUUUAGGAAAAACUUGUCCGAGGAAAAGGAUGAAGAAACCAAAAGCCAGCUCACUCAUAUACUCAAUCAGGGAACUGAAUUUUACGAGCGCCUUCUUCAGAAACUGCAGCAGACAUUUAAUUUCCAACUUGAGGCUUUUUUGGACACCAGUGUCUUGCCCCCAGAGAAUAUCUCCCGAACAGUCAAACUGGCUCUGCUCAGUACCCAGAGAACUCUGAUCUGUCUCGGUGACAUUGCUCGAUACAGAGAGCAGAGCAAUGAUACCGGAAAGGUCAACUAUGGAAGAGCAAGAAACUGGUACUCCAAGGCGCAGCAAAUAGCUCCGAAGAAUGGCCGUCCCUACAACCAACUGGCUAUCUUGGCUCUAUACACGAGAAGGAAGCUUGAUGCUGUCUACUACUAUAUGAGAAGUUUGGCGGCAAGUAAUCCGUUCCUAACAGCACGGGAAAGUCUGAUAUCAUUGUUUGACGAGGCAAGGAAGAAGGCCCAGAACUCCGAGAAGAAGCGAGAACAAGAAAAAGAAAGGUCUCAGCAGCUGAGAAAGCAAAAGAAACAGCAGGGUGAAAGAAUUGAGGUGUGGGUAUCAGCAGAUGGUACAAGUACUGAGGACAACGGAGAUGAGGGGGCUCAUCAGGACUUGUCCAAACUGGAUGCUGUUGAGCUGAAUAAAAGAUUUGUUCUCAGUUUUCUCAAUGUUCAUGGAAAGUUAUUCACUAAAGUCGGGAGGGAAACAUUCCCUGUUUGUUGUGCCCAGAUGCUGAAAGAGUUUGAUGCACUUCUUAGACGAGGGGCAAUAGGCCCCACAAGACUGCUUCAACUUAUGGCUAUCAACAUGUUUGCUAUUGAUAACACAGCUCUGAAGACUCCUUAUCCUGGUUCUGAUCUUCUGAGGUCAGAACUCCAGGAACAGGCAGUACAACUUGGCUUGGAUAUGUUUGGUAUCCUGGUACGUCGGUGUUCAGAACAGCUGAAGGAACACCUGGUGUCUAAUGACUACCCCGCCCACAUGUUUAGUCGUGAGCUAGAGGAGCAGGUACCUGGUAUUAAGGUGUGGACGGACUGGAUGUACUGUAAUCCAAACCUAUGGAACCCGCCACCAAACAUUCACGAAUUUACUCUUGGACCUGAUGUUGAUGUUUGGCAGUCGUGUGCUGAUCUGUGUAACAUACUAAGGAAUGUAGACACAUCUCAUGUGAAACUAUACAAAGACAAAAAAGAAGGCUGUGACCCUGUAAUCCUACAUGAAGAUAAUAUGCUGGCUGGAUUUGUGCCUCUGCUAAGUUUACCAAUCAAAUUCCACUAUGUACAUAGUACUGUAACCAAGGAGAUAGCCCAGGACUGCUGUAGGAUUGAGAAACUGCAGGACUUCGGUGAUUAUUUGUGUGGUAUUCCUACUCCAAUGUUGUCUUUUGAUGUGGAGCAAAAACAGUACUUUUCUAUAGCGCCACCUACAGGAUUCUCUGACGAAGAGAAAGAUGAUGAUCAGUCCGAGGGCCACAUUUCUGAAGAUGUGAUCGUCGAGAGUGAAUCGGAGGAGAUGACAGGUGAGGAUGAUGAACAUGUACGUCAUCUACGCGAGAAAAAAGAGGAGUUGAAGCGCAUCAAGGAAGAACAACGUAAACAGAAGGAGACAUUCCAGAAGAUCGUGGAUAAAAACCGACACCACUUGAUACAACUGGAGAUUCACCCUAUCUUCUUGGUUCCUGACACUAACUGUUUUAUAGAUCACCUGAGCAGUGUACAGAGACUCAUACAGCACCAGAAAUACACCAUCACCAUCCCCCUGAUAGUGAUAAAUGAGUUGGAUGGUUUGGCGAAGGGCAGUAGAAUGGGACAGUAUGAUAGUCAGGAGCAUGCCAACAAAGUGAAGAAGAGUGCUGAGGAGACCAUCAGGUACCUGGAGGCCGAGUUCCAGAAGAAAAACAAUCAUCUCCGAGCUCAGACCUCCAAAGGCAAUAUCAUGGAAACAAUCUCAUUCAGAAGCGAGGACACGGAGACAGAUUCUGGCAACAAUGAUGACCUGAUAUUGUCCUGUUGUCUCCACUAUUGUAAGGACAAGGCCAGAGAUUUUAUGACGAAGGACAAAGAUGCACCUAUCCGACUCUAUAGGGAUGUUGUGCUGCUGACUGAUGACCGAAAUCUACGGCUCAAGGCACACACUUACAAUGUACCUGUCAAGGAUGUGCCUUCGUUCAUGCAAUGGAGUAAGGUCACCUGAUGUCAGAGGUCAGCAAUGUGAUGUCAGAGGUCAUGGAGGUCAAGGUCAUCAAACAUGGCCUGCUAGCUCCCUCCCUCAGGCUGUGAUGGUUUGUGAUGAAAUAGAAUGAAAUAAUCAGUCAAGCAUGAUGGGAGGUGAAGUGAAGCAAGACCAAGUUAUUUCCCCGUAAUGGACAAAGAAUGUUUCUAGAUUAUCUUGUCUGUAUAUGGGGAUACCAAAAUUGCUAUGCGUGUACUUACCCUCAACAAUGAAAAUGGUGUGUUUGUUACUUAAACAUAGUCAACAUUCAUUCAAAUAAAUGUCAGUAUACCUUAGAAUAAGGAAAGUAUCAUACAGCAAAUAAUUUCCAGUCUGAUUCGUCCGAAGUAACGUCAUGUUUCCCGGCUUAUCGACUGACGUUUAUAUAUUUCUCUGCCAGAAAGGGCAUCUGAGAACCAGUGUUCAGUGCUGAUGUAUAGCAUAUUGAUGUCAUAAGCUACAGAGGCUUUUUCCUCAGCUUUACUUUGGAAUGUUGGAAAACUGAUGGAGUGUGUUAAUUAUAGACCCCCGUCAGCAUUGUAACAGGAUAUUCAACUCUCUGUUUACAUAUAUAAGUGUGAUGUUUUUGUGUGAAUUAAACUUUGUUUUUAUGAAACUGGACUGACAUGGACAGUGAGCUUUUGUUUAAUUUUACCCUUGAUUUGUCUUAUAGAAUUGUCUGCAGUGACACUGUUUUAAAGGUUGUAUCUAGUAAAACCUCUCACAUAGAAAGCAGGAGAGAGUCAUUCUUUUAAAACAUUUAUGGAACAGCAGAUAUGUGUCACAUUUGAUAAGGAGAUUGAUUAGUUUUGUGUUAUUAGGAUUUUGUUUAAUGAAAUACAAGACAAUAUUGUAUUGGGAAAGAGGCGCUGGAAAUAUAUAGGAAAGGAUUUGUGAUCUCAGGAAAAAUAAAGGAUAGGGUCAAUGGUAAUUAAAAGAAGGGUCACCCAUUUGAAAGAUGACCUCAGCAGCUAUGACCAGGACAAAAUUGUGGAAAUGGUGAGAGAAGAUGAAACAUGAACCUAAAAAUGUUCGGGAAGAUGUUGAAUGAAUUCUAUGCAACAAACCUCAGGAAGCAGUUGGGAAAAGAUCAGAGAUUAAUUGUAAGCAGCCUUCUGGAUUUGGCUGGAAAGUGUGUUCAACCUUCUAGGUUUGGCUGGAAAGUGUGUAAUCAUCCUUCUAGAUUUGGCUGGAAAGUGUGUUAUCAACCUUUUAGAUUUGGCUGGAAAGUGUGUUAUCAACCUUCUAGAUUUAUUUGGCUGGAAAGUGUGUUAUCAACCUUCUAGAUUUGGCUGGAAAGUGCAUGAUCAACCUUCUAGGUUUGGCUGGAAAGUGUGUAAUCAUCCUUCUAGAUUUGGCUGGAAAGUGUGUUAUCAACCUUCUAGAUUUGGCUGGAAAGUGUGUUAUCAACCUUCUAGAUUUGGCCAAAGAGAACAAUUUUGUGAUGACAGAAACUGAAAACUGAUAUAUUGUGUAGAACUGACAGAAUUUUACAGAUAUUCUGUUUUAAAAGUCUGAAAGAAGCAUUAACCCAUUAUUCAUAUAGUAUGUAUUAAUCAUCCACUUGAUUUAAUGACAUGAGCUUUAGAGCUUUUUAAACAAUUUUGUACAUUAUAGCACACUGAAAGUGAUUGAAUGUAUUAGAGAUGCAUAUUUGUUGAUUUCCUGUCAUAAUAAUAUUUAACUGUAAACCAAGUUUUUGAUGGCAGCACUAUAGUUCAGAAUACAGACAUACUGUAUAUUGGGGAAAGUUUUGUUGCUAAAAGUUUUGUUGCUAUCUGAUUUUUGUGAAUUUAGCAACCCUUUCAAAAUUGCAAAAGAAUUGAAAUAGCAAAAUUUGUAGGUUUUCUUCUUUUUAUUGUAAACACAGAAGCAAUACAUCUGUAGAGUUGAUAUGCCUUCAUGCAGACGUAUCUUCAUGCGCCUAGCCUAGUGGUGAAUACUAAUGGAGCAUGACUGGUUCGUUCGAUCUUCAGUUGAUGUUAGAGUCUACACUGGUAUUUAUCUAAGUUAUGUCUGUUCUGAAGUAUUCAGUCUUCAAAAAAAGCCUUUCAAAUUUCUGUGACAACGAAACGAAACGAAAAAAGGAAAUGCACAAAAAUUGCCAAAGGUACAUUUUGAGGAUUUUGUAAAAAUAUCCAGCUAUAUGGUGAAUUGUCUUAUCAGGGCCUAGAGCCUCGCGUUUCAUUUAGAGGAGAUUUUAUAAGUAUUUGGCUAUUUUUCGUUGAUUUUUUUCAAAUUAAAACAAGAUAUUUUUUAUAAACUGAAUACCUGUAAUCAAACUGUUACAUAAACAAAACCAGAAGCGGCUGUUUACGAAUUAGUUCAAAUCGUAUGCAAUAUAUAUAUAUAUAUUCAAAUACAAACCCUGAUAUGGUUCAGAAACCAAUUCUCAUAAACACAGUAUGGAUAAAUACAGGAAAGUUUUAGAGUUUUUGUCGCCUAUAUUCCUUCACAUCCUGCUCUCACCAACACAUAUAUGUUAUACCAUCAUCAGUAUCUAAUCAACCCUUUGUAUAUCUCAACUCAUUGAUCUCUGUUUAUGUGUAUGGCAUGUAAUUAUUCUCACUGUACAGGAUGAAUUUAUAAUUUAUAUGUACAGGAUGUGAGAUCAUUUUAAGAAUAUAUAUUAUAUAAAUUUUUGAUGUAUAGACUGAUGUGUAUGCUCUACUCCCUCAGAAAAAAAGUCCGAAUAUAUCACAGGUAGAUGAAAAUGCUCACAGUUUUGAUUGUCAGUUUUAUUGGUGUACAAAUAAGUAGUACAAGUUAGGAAUAAAGUGCUUUUUCGAUGUGAUACAGAUUACAAGUAUAUAAAGAAUUGUUCCUAUCGUCUUGUAAAAUUAUGUUUUUUUUUUAUUAGUUUUAUUAUUUAUUAUUCAAAUUUUAAAUAAUUGUCCGUUAAUUCAUUUGGUUGUUCCCAGAUAUGAAUAUGUAAAGGGACAUCACAUGAAGUAGUCUCUUAGCCUCGUAAAAUUGUAUAAGGGUGUUUGAUUAGAUGGAAGUGCUAAAUCUUUGUAAAGUUCUAAUUAUUUGCACAUUUGUGAAGGAUAAUUCACAACCUAAAUAGUUGGUAAGAUAUACUUUGAUGUUAAAUUUUAUAAUAAGAAAUAUAUAAAAAAAAACUGUUUAUGAAAUCAUUUGGAAAAAAAGAGUGCUUUUUAAUUUACCCCAUAACAUGUGCUUACGCAAACAUUUGUAUGAAGCAGAGCAAAUAGAACGAAAAUUGUAAAAAGGUUUUUUUGAACUGAAAAGCAUUGAUAAUAAGUGCUUUUGAUCAGAUUGAUGGCUUUCCAUGUUUAUCAUGGAAGACAGCUGCACCAAAAUCUGCCAAACAACUGGUGAGACAUAUUUACAACACGUUGGUACUGGACAGGGUGUUAUACAACUUUAAAUACAGGUCUUUUAUUAGUAUUUUAUUUUAACAUCAUUUAAAGAGAAUUUUCAAAAGUACUCGGGUGUCUUAUAUGGCAGGUGUCUACUACAUUAUUUUUAUGUUCUAUAGGAACCUGUUGUCUUCUAAGCUGUCGAACUUCUGAUUAUUCGAAUUGUCAGUCAACUGGAAUAAAAAUCUACCAAUGAUUGAUGUGUUUUAAAAAAAGACACAUAUAAGAAUAUUACUGUAUUCAAACUAAUGGGAACACUUGCCAGAAUGUAAUAUUUUGCUGAAAUUAUCACAAAAAAAAAACAAACACCAGCACCACUACGUGAGUUUGUUUGAGUCCCCAAAAAUGAACAUCAAGAUAUCAGAUUUCACGAAAACUGAUCAAUUACUGUAAGAUUGACUGAAGUUAAUAACAGUUUGUUGCGUUUCUAAAAUGCGGCAAAGGCCGUUGAUUGUCCAUGAACUGCAGGCGAGUAUACUUAAGUGUUGAACAUACAUGUAGUAAUGUUGUACAAAAGUCAUUAUAGUGGUUGAAUUUUCAUCUUAAAAAAAAUGAUUGUAUCAUUUAUUGGUUGUUAAUCCAAUUAUACAUCUUGUUAAUAAGUGCCUUCAUUUACAUAAAAAAUAAAGUCAGGAAUUGCUUUCUCCUUUUCUAAACUUAUUUCAUAGUUUUUCUAAGGAGUGAACUGUGUAAUUGUAAGAAGGUAUAAUAACUACCAUGUCUUAAUAUAUACAAUUUUCAUACUACAAUUUUUCUCAUUUGUCUGCCACAUUAGAUCUGUUUAACACAAAGGAAGAAAGAUUUAGGCAAAGGCAGGAGAUGAUCUGUUAAUUUGAUAAAUAACUACUCAGCACAAACCAAGUUAAGUAUACCAUAGUAGAUUUAUCUUAUUUCAUUGUCUUUAAGGAAUUACUGUAUUACCCUGGUAAAUACAACACAUGCUUAGUUUGGUAUGGUAAUGUCACUCAGGUAAACUAGUAUAUGUUAAAGCAAGAAUUUCCUAAAAUUGCAAUAACCUUUGUAAUUGAAGGUAAAAGAAGUUUUCACAAAUACUAUCCUGGCCAUAUAAUACAACCAUACACUUAUUUUCAAGGUGUGGCUCCUUUGUAGACACUUAUGACAUUGAAUAGUGUGUAUACUUGAUCAGCUUCAUGUUUAAAAAUGUAUCAACACUGAAUCAUUUCAUAUCUCCUAUUUCAUAUGCGUGUCAUUCUUAUCAAAUGUAUUGAUUAACCAAUGUUUUGAAUUUAAAGUGUCAUGAUCAACUGAUGUUUUGAAUUUUUAAUGUUGUAAUCAACUGAUCUUUUGAAUAUUGCCAUUUUAUAUGCAUAUCAACUAAAUGUGAAACACCAUAGGGAAAUUUGACUUCAGGAAUUUAGCAAUGACAAAAUAUGAUAAAAAAUACCAAGGGAAAUUUAACUUAAGGAAUUCAGCUAGGAUAUAUGUACAUUAUCAAUAAGAAAUGUGAUAUUUUUAAAUGGAAUAUUUUGUAUUUUCAAUUCAGCUGGUGUGAUAGUAUAUUAGUACUGAUUAAGAUUUCAGUGAUUACCUCCCCUUAUUAAAAUGCUCCCAAACAAAUGUAAAUCUAGUUGUACAUCAAAUUGAUUAGGAUAUUGAAUACAUUAUAGCACAAAAAAUAUUUUAUAUACUGUUAAUGUACAUAUUUUAGUGGUAAUCCUAUUUUAGCAUGAUGUCAUGUUGAAAAUGAUGUGCAGAAAUAUGUUUUGUUGUUUGGUAUGUAUUAAAUUAAAUUUUAUUUUAAAGUCACUUCAUUUGCACAAUUUUGGUCCAUCACUGAAAAUAAUGAAAAAGUUAAGCCCUGUUUAGAUUUUGAGUAACUUGACAAAAUACCUGUUACACAUAUGAUUUAAGAAGUAUCUUUGCUGCAAUCCUGUGUAAAAACCCCUCCAGAGUGAUAACCUUCAGAGUAGUUUGAUGAAAUGUCUGAUGCAUUUAUAAAUAAGAACUCUCUUUUUUUGUAAAUCAGGGAAAAAUAAGGCUUUAAACAUGUACAGGAUAUAUACCAGGUGAGUGUCUAGGGUGACCACAUUCAG